AUGAUAUAAAGUUUGGAUACUUUCACUAGACAAUAAAGCAAUAAUCACUUAUAGAAUUAAGAGACAGAUUAGUAAUCUGGCAGAUCAACUCAUUCAAGACUGCUGUUCAAUAUAACUACGCCCAGAAAUAGAAUUACUCCUUCCCCUGCUUUAAUUCACCCUAUCAUAUUUGAAAAAGAAAACUAAAAAAUAGAAGAAGUAGAAGAAAAUGAAACCAUUAUCCCAGCUAGAAACGCUAGAGUUUCUCUUCAAAUAAACUAAUCCAAAAUCGGUAGUGCAUAAUCUAUACAAAAUCAGUAGCAAUCCUAAUCUAUAACUAUCCCCAAAAUUAAUUUUGAUAAUUUAGCUACAAGAAGUAUCAAAGGUGCCAAUAACUUAGACUUAAAAUAAGAAAAGCAUAAAACUUAAAAAUCAAUUACAAUGCAACAAAGAAGAAAAGCUUAGUAAGCGUAUAGGUAUUUAACAGUAUAUAGGGAUCCAGCACUUACUGAAAAGAUUAUAAAGAAAGUCACAAAACAGACUAAAUGCAAAAAAGCAUAAAGGGAGUGCAACAACUGCUUGAAAAGGUGUCAUAACAGAUUCUUAUGUCGGCAGAGGUCUAAUAGAAAAGAGCGGUGGGAUUUAUUUAUUAUGAUACUUGCCACUUGGAAUGUAUAUCUCCUCCCAGUUGAAGUUUCAUUCGAACCAGAAGUAAUUAUAUAAACUGGAUAAUAUAUCUGA